UAUUGUGUGUCACACACAUAAUAUGAUAUCUCCUAUGACAUAUUAUUAUUACUAAGCUCAUAAACUAUAUUCGAUAUUAUACCAUUAUUGUGUGUAUUAUAAAUUAUUGCAAACUGCAGUAUAAGAUGUACCUACAAACAGCGAAAACUUAACGAUUCCCAUGAUUUCAUAUGAGUAGUCGCUAAUAUUAUUCUAUUAUUUUAUUUGUGUCGUUAAAAUAAAAUUAGAUAUCUAUCAAUUACAGCGCGUGGUUGUGUAAAACAUUUACAAAACAAUAAUUAAGUCUAAGUUAUGGGGAAUGGCAUUAAAUGGGAGUUUGAUAGAACCCAAUCGAUGGCAGUCCAUCACCGACGACAGAGCAAGCAAAAGACUCCUACAGAGUGUGGACAUGAGCACUCCAGUUGCAGGCAAUCAAAGACGAAAUCACCACAAUAUAAUUAUUUUCCUGUCAUGGACGUGAUCAAAGUGGCACCAGAUCACAACAACACUGCAUUAGAAAUGCCGUUCGAUUUGGAGGACGAGCCAGAGAAUAGCGAACCUGUCGACGAUUGUCUGACAUACGCUAUCAACGUAAACCCUCCAUCGUACUUAACACCGCUGUUGGCCAUACAGAACGUGGUAACCACUUUAAGUUGUUUGAUCUUCGUGUAUAAUAUUUUGGCACCAAAACUGUGCAUUUUACCUGAGGAUCCGGCACGCGCGCACUUGCUGGCCACGGCUGUCAUGGUAGCAGGUUUCAGUACGGGGAUACAGACCAUUUUGGGUGUCAGGCUCCCGAUUGUGCAGUCCAGUGGAUUCGUGUAUCUGUUCUGCACGCUACCCAUAUUGGAACUACCUAAAUGGCAAUGUAAUAGCAACAUUGAUCUAUUCACGAUGGGUCCCGAGGCCCGGACGUUAGAAUGGAAUUUACGCGUUCGUGAUAUUCAAGGCGCUAUGAUCAUCACCGGUAUCAUUCAAAUGUUUUUGGGCUAUUCUGGAUUUAUCGGAAAAUCACUGAAGUACAUCACGCCGCUGACCGUAGUGCCAACCAUGUGCCUCAUAGGGCUGUCGGUCAUCGAAAAAGGAGUGUUUCUAAUGUCGGGAAAUUGGACCACAGCCAUCAUAACACUAUUUUUAUUAACAUUAUUCUCACAAUAUUUGCGAAAAGUCGUCAUUUCCUUGCCAGUCUACUCGUCUCAAGGUGGACUGUUCAGAGUUCGGUUAAAAAUUUUCGCACUAUUUUCGAUAUUACUCAGCGUGGGCAUCAUGUGGAUCGCGUGUGUUUACCUGACUCACAGGAAUAUUAUAUUGCCAACAGACCCGACAAACACAGAAUCGAAGACUGGAGUAUUGCGCAACGCACCAAUGUUCCGAUUACCUUAUCCUUUUCAAUGGGGUCGGCCGACAUUUAGCUUGACGUCGGUAUUAGCCAUGCUACCCGCGAUUUUCGCUAACAUCGUACAGUCAGUAGCUAACUAUUACACGUGUGCAAGAUUUUCCAAUUUAACAAAGCCUCCUAAGAAUGCGGUAAGUCGGGGUAUCGGCAUCGAAGGUAUUAGUACAAUUUUUGCCGGUUUCCUGGGUACAGGUUCUGGCGUCAGCUCGUCCAGCGAAAAUGUGGGAAAUAUCGGCAUCACCCGAGUGUGCAGUAGAAACGUAAUCGGACUCGCAGCAUGCAUAAUGAUCUUCUUGUCCACGUUUACGAAGCUGAUUGCACUGUUGAUUACUCUGCCAGAUCCAGUACUUGGUGCAAUGACGUCCGUGCUACUUGUGUUGAUCGGAGCCGUAGCGCUAUCUAAUCUACAGUUCAUAAAUCUCAACUCGUUAAGGAACAUGUAUAUUCUCGGAUUGUCAAUAUUUUUUGGAUUGGCGAUUCCAAAGUACAUCUCAACCGUACAAGGUAAUGUCACCAACAUCAAAUAUGAAACUGUCAACGAUGUAGUUAUUGCGUAUCUGUCCUCUGGAAUAUUUAUCGCCGGAUUCGUUGGUUUUAUUUUAGAUAACACAAUUCCAGACGACGACGAUGCGAUGAACAGUAACAUGUACCAGAAUCCCGGUAAAGAAUUUAAGACUCCCAAUAAUACCGUGGACGACCAAGUAUAUACGAUUUCAGAUUAUCUCUUCGAUAAAAUUAAUUAUAUUUUAACAUUUUUCAUGUAAUACACGUAAUAUAAUAAUAUUAUUAUUUAAGCAUAUGUAUAAUAUCUAUGUUUCUUGAUAAAUCAUAAUACAUUAUA